GCCACCCGGCUUUCCCUCAGGAUACUAAGUAGACGAAUAUCCACGCCCACUUAGGUAGCUGGCCCCGCCCUUUACUUGGUGCAGUUGCUGGCCACGCCCGCUCGCUCUGGCACGCUCUCCCUCUUCUGUAAGCCGAAUAACCCCCCACAGCGCGCUCCCGCGGUGCUUCCCGAGCAGUCCGCGCUCCCGCUCCUCCGCUACUGUCAGGGAGAUGACACCGUGACACCCCGAUCCCGGGAUCUACCGACCGAGACACCGCCUGAGGAGGAACACCCCCCCCCCGUACACCCGGGGGUCACCGCAUCCACAGAGACACGCCCCCCACCGGGCCACUGCCUGUCCUGUCUGCACAACUGAGGAGCGGGCCACCGUCCCCGCCGCCCCCCCCCCCGGGACACACCAUGAGCUGGGGCACCGAGCUGUGGGAUCAGUUUGACAACCUCGAAAAACACACACAGUGGGGGAUUGAAGUACUGGAAAAAUACAUCAAGUUUGUGAAAGAGAGAACGGAGAUCGAAAUCAACUAUGCAAAACAGCUCCGGAAUCUUUCAAAAAAGUACCAGACAAAGAAGAACUCCAAAGAAGAGGAAGAGUCAAAAUACACAUCAUGCAAAGCCUUCCAGAACACACUGAAUGAAAUGAGUGACUAUGCCGGGCAGCAUGAAGUCAUCUCUGAAAACAUGUCGUCACAGAUUAUGACAGAGCUUAUCCGAUUCGUCCAGGAGCUGAAACAGGAGAGGAAAUCGAACUUCCAUGAAGGUCGCAAGGCACAGCAGCACAUUGAGACCUGCUGGAAACAGCUUGAAUCGAGUAAAAGAAGAUUUGAGAGGGAUUGUAAGGAGGCUGAUCGGGCGCAGCAACAUUUCGAAAAGAUGGAUGCUGACAUCAACGUGACAAAAGCAGAUGUGGAAAAAGCACGACAGCAAGCUCAGAUCCGUCAUCAGAUGUCAGACGACAGUAAAGGGGAUUAUUCAUCGGUGUUACAGAAGUUUAACGGCGAGCAGAAUGAGCACUAUCACACACACAUGCCGUCCAUCUUCCAGAAACUGCAAGAUAUGGAGGAAAAGAGGAUAGCACGGCUGGGGGAAUCACUGAAAAUGUAUGCCGAAAUAGACCGCCAAGUCAUCCCAAUCAUCGGCAAAUGUCUUGAUGGGAUCACAAAAUCUGCAGAGUCCAUCAACGAGAAGCAGGAUUCUCAGACAGUCAUAGAAGCCUUCAAAUCUGGGUUUGAGCCUCCCGGAGAUGUCGACUUUGAGGACUUCACGCAGUCCAUAAAACGCACUGUGUCGGACACUAGCCUUACAACCACCAAGGCUGACGGGAAGACCGAUCCCAAAACCCCUGGAAAAUCCCGCGGCAAGUUGUGGCCUUUUAUCAAGAAAAACAAGUCUCCCAAGCAGCAAAAGGAACCCCUCUCCCAUCGCUUCAACGACUUCAUGACCUCCAAACCCAAAAUCCACUGCUUCAGAAGUCUAAAGCGCGGGCUUUCUCUGAAGUUGUGUUUUGGUUUCCACCAGGGGGCAACGCCGGAGGACUUCAGCAACCUGCCACCGGAACAGAGGCGGAAAAAGCUGCAGCAAAAGGUUGAUGAACUAAAUAAAGACAUCCAAAAAGAGAUCGAUCAGAGAGAUGCCUUGACGAAGAUGAGAGACGUGUAUCUGAAGAAUCCACAGAUGGGAGAUGCUGGCAGCGUGGGUCAGAAGUUAAUAGAGAUUGGAAAUAACAUUGAGAAACUACGUGUGGAAGUACAAAAGUUUGAAAGUUGGCUGGCAGAAGUCGAAGGAAGACUUCCUGUCCGCAAUGACAGCUCCCGUCGGCAAAGUGGCCUGUAUGAAACACAAAACACUGCUCCAGUCAACAACUGUGCACAGGACCGGGAGAGCCCAGAUGGCAGUUACACGGAAGAUCAGAGCCAGGAGACGGAAGUGAAGGUGACGCCCACAGAGUUCGAUGAUGAUUUUGAUGACGAGGAGCCCCUGCCCACAAUAGGAACUUGUAAAGCCUUAUACCCUUUUGACGGUGAAAAUGAAGGAACCAUAUCUGUAUCAGAAGGUGAAAUACUGAAAGUCAUCGAGGAGGACAAAGGGGAUGGAUGGACACGGAUCCGCAGGAGCGAGGAGGAGGAGGGUUAUGUCCCAACAUCUUACAUCGAAGUUUAUUUGGACAAAAAUGCCAAAGGUGCCAAGACUUACAUCUAACCUCAUCUGCCUGUCUGUCUAUAAAGGGGUUUCACCCCCAGCAAUGUGUGUGUUCCUUGGCACCUGCUUACUUGUCCCAGUGACUGGCUUCAGUUAGCUUGGUCCUUGGCAUGCGGUGUAUAAAGAACAGUAAAGGGAGCUAAAGCUGUGUGGCCCAUAUCCCAACUCAAAAGUCUAUAACAACUUGUAUUUCAUCCAUCUAAACCCUAUUUUGUAGAUGUGUCCAUAGUUGCAGAAAGAUUGAGUCCAUGGAAUUAUGGUAGGUUUGAUCUCAUUGACCAAGCUUCCAUGCAAAUAACCCCUUUGUAAAAUGUCCUACCAUGUGUCAUUUGUCAACAAGUAUAGAUCAAGGUGGUGUAGAUAAGCAAGUUCAGUAAGUGGUGACAGUGGUUUUGGAGGACAAAAGAAAGUCUACCCAACAAAAAAGCUAGAGAGUCUUAAGGCUGAAGGCAGCUACGGACCUAAGUAAAGUUGAAUAUUGACUAAAAACUCCUCUAUUGUGAGAUAUUUCUUUACCCAAAAAAAUCCUAUAGCCAUAUUAGCCAAAAAUGUAAAACUGGCUAAUUGACUUUUGAUCCUAAGCUGAAAUUGUAUACUGAAGACUCUCAUAGCUUUAGAAACCUGGACUAAAAUGUCAAAGUGUUAUAUUUGGAGGUCCUAACCGUACUGCUAUCAGAAGGGAUGGAAACAUUUUUUCUAUGCUGAAGUACUUAUUUAACCUGGGCAGGUUAUUCAUUUACUGUGAAGGAGGUAAUUGCCAGUGAUCGUAUUAAUUGAAGAGUCAAAAGUUAAUCUCCCUGCUUUAAAAUAUUUAUGAUGGUUUUACAGCCAAAUGAGUUGACCCAUCAGCCUGGGGCCAGGGGGGAUUGAAACCCCAGUAGUAUGACAUUCUUCAUUUUGAAGCCAAUAGCUUUACAAAUCCUAGUCUCUGUAAGGCAGUGUCAUCAGUUUUGGUCUCCAAUGCUUCUAGCUUUUACUAAAAUGGUUCAGCUAAGGAUGGAUUUUCAUCCCUGGAACAUGUAGGCACACAAGGUGUUAAUUAAUUAAUUAAAUAAUAGUGCAUUCCACCUUUCAAAUAACUUAUUCGAAUUCCUCAGAGCCUAGGAUUUGUUGAAGAUAUCAGCAUUUCACUGAAGGUUCCCAGACUUCCCUGACUUCGAGCCCCCACCAGGUGCAGGUGAUGGACCUGAUUCAGCAAAGGAACCUUAAAGUGGUUGUAACCCUCAGACAUGAAAUAUGAAAAAAAGCAUAUCACUAUCUCAAUC